CUUGCACCUUGUCUGCCAGUCCUUCAGCUGUAUGUUGGGCAGAGUGGAACUGAAGGAUCAGGCAUCCUCACAUUUCAUUGACCCGCCUUCCAGCUCAGCUCAAGGGGUGGAGACUCCUCCCCCUCCCUGCACAGAAACUCCCAGUCACUACAAGAACAAGGCAGAGCAAACAAAUGGAGCACGGACAUAGAAAGCCAAAAAUUGCUGUAAUCGGAGGUGGACUGGUUGGUUUGUCUACUGCACUUUGUCUUUGUGACUCAUUGCCACAAUGCUCCAUCACUAUUAUCUCUGAAACAUUCUCCCCAUAUACCACUGGUGAUGUUGCAGCUGGGUGCCUUAUUCCUCAUGCUUAUCCUGACAUUCCUCUUCCACAGCAGAAAGAAUGGUUUAAGGAAACAUUUGACCAUUUGUUCAAAAUUGCUAACUCAACCGAGGCUUCAAAAGCUGGUAUUAGUUUGCUUUCUGGAUGGCAGAUAUACAAGACCUCUCCUAAGGAAAUCUAUCCUUUUUGGUCAGAUGUGGUCCUAGGCUUUAGAACAAUGACAGAAGCGGAAUUGGCGAAGUUUCCGGGUUAUUCUUUUGGUCAGGCAUUUACUACCCUGAAGUGCCAGUCCUCUCUGUAUCUGGCUUGGAUGGAAAAAAGAUUCCGAAACCAUGGUGGUUUGGUCCGUAGUGAAAAAGUAAGCAAUGUCUGGGAUCUACAUGGCAAAUAUGAUCUAAUCGUCAACUGCUCUGGUAUUGGAUCAAGAAAUUUGUUUGGUGAUUUAUCAGUGUACCCAGUUAAGGGCCAAGUACUACAGGUCCAUGCUCCUUGGCUAAAACACUUUAUCAGAGAUGGUGAUGGAAGCACUUAUAUCUAUCCUGGAAUAGGCAGUUCCACCCUUGGUGGGACACGAGAGAAACAUAACUGGACUCUUUCUCCAGAUGCUAAGACCAGCAAAGAAAUCUUUGAUAGAUGUUGUAUUCUUGAACCCUCUCUUCAGGCUAGUAAAGUAAUUGAAGAGAAAGUUGGUUUGAGGCCUGUGAGAUCUGCUGUAAGACUAGAAAAAGAUCUAAUGGUCAAGAAUGGGCACCAGCUUCCUGUGGUUCACAAUUAUGGGCAUGGUGGGGGUGGCUUUUCAGUCCAUAUAGGAACAGCUAAAACAGCCAGCAGACUGGUUGAAGAGUUGAUCAUUGAUUUAAGACACAUUCAAACCAAGUCAAAACUUUAACAAUAAAAAAAAAAAGCCUUGUGAAUGUAAGUACUUUUUUUAAAGUUAGAUUUUCAUAUGGUCCUUUCCCAAGAAGUUUGGUUUCUAGUGCACAAAUUAUUUGUAAAAUGAUUAGACAUUAAAAAAGUGAUGCUGUACAUAAAAGUCUACUAUAAUGUUACACUUUUAACCAUUUUUAUAUAUAGAAACUGUACAAGACUGUACUAAUAGAAAGCCACGCAAAAACUGGACUCUCAACCACACAUAACUCUUGGGUUUGGCUAUAAAGGGUUACACUCAGUCUC